AUGGAAGGCCUCAGUGCCAGAGCAGUCCUAGGGGUUGCUCAGAUCAGGAGCAUCCUCCUGAUUGUGGCCUUGUCAGCGUGUAGCUGCACACUGACAGGAGUCUUGGUUGGAGUAAACUUGAAGCACAGUGCUACAAUGAUUGAGCAACUCGCUGCUGUAGUUUGCACCAUGUAUGGCACUGUUUAUUCCGCCUAUUUCAUUACCAGCCUGGCAAGUCACCUGAAGCGUGUAUUCAGAGGUGCUGAUCCUGAGAUCACAGAACCAACAGCAGUCUCUCCUCUGGCUCCCUCUGCUCAUGGAGAGGAGGCCGAAGAGGAGGCAGAUGAGGUGGAUGAGCGCCAGCCUCCAUCAGUGCUCACACCACAGCCUGAACAUUCUGAGCCAGUGCUUCUAGAGAAAGAGCAGGAGCACACUGCCUCAUCUGAGCUGCCAUGCCAGACUCAGGGAGAGCUGUUCCCUGCCCGAGAGCAGGAAGAGCAGCGCAGGCAGCAGGUGGAAGAGCCACAGGAGAAUGGCCAGAACAUCAAGGCAGAGCCACAAGCAGAGCUGCCCGAAGCUCAGAGUGACAUCAUGGCAGUGAAGAGAAAGAACAAGGAAGACAUGGGAAGAAUUCAAGAGGAGAAUCUCCAUCAGCAGAGGGGUGAUCAACAAAACCAGGUGAAUGAAAGAGUGGCAGCCACUCCACUCAUGAAAUGUCCUCUCUUUUGUUUGUUAGAGAACAUGAAGGAACAGCUGGAUGCAGAGCUUCAGACAGCUCACAGUAUGAUCAAGGCAAGGCAUAAGCGGCUGGAGGAAGAAAUGAAAAUCAUCAGAGAGAAACUCAAUUGCUUCCGUCAGUCUCUGCAAAACCAAGUGGCAAUAAAAAAAAUAAAUCUUCAAGGAGUGAGAAGGAAGGAGCUAACCUUUAAUGAAAUAAUGAUCAUGAAGAGAUAUAGGAGUCCCAAUGUUGUGAAUUAUUUGGACAGCUACCUUCUGGGCGAGGAACUCUUGCUGGUUAUAGAGUACAUGGAUGGAGGUGUCCUGACCAAUAUCAUCAGCCAGACCUGCCUGUCUGAAGAUGAGACAGCAGCCAUCAGUCGGGAGUGCCUGCAAGGACUGGAUUUUCUUCAUUCAAACGAUGUGAUCCAUCGAGACGUGAAGAGCGACAACAUCCUUCUCAAAACCGACGGUUCUGUCAAGCUGGCUGAUUUUGGCCUCGCUACUCAGCUCACCCCUGAGCAGAGCAGACGGUGCUCUCUGACCGGGACUCCUUGGUGGAUGGCGCCUGAAGUGGUGACAGGUCAACCAUAUGGCCCCAAAGUGGACAUAUGGUCUUUUGGAAUUGUGGGAAUUGAAAUGAUAGAACAAGAACCUCCUUACUUGAGCAAAAGUUCUGGCACGGCUACACACCUGAUAGCCACAGUAGGGACUCCACAGCUGCGGCAGCCCAAGCUCCUCUCGGCUUUGCUGCGUGACUUCCUGAGCUGCUGCCUGCAGACAGACGAGGAGCAGCGCUGGUCUGCCAAGGAGCUCCUGCAGCAGUCCGUGGCCCUUGACCUGAAGUCCAGCUAG